AUGCAGCUCUUUACAUACGUUGUGCUCGCUGUUGCCUUAGCAGGCUUCACGAUACUCAAGUUCAUCCAAUCGUUCAGAGAGAAGAACGACCCAUCAGGGCCCCCUGGUCCAACCCUUCUCCCCUAUAUCGGCCGCAUUCAUGACCUACCCAUCCAAUAUAUGUGGCUUAAGUUCAAAGAAUGGGCAGACAAGCACGGCAAGGGCGGCCUGUACAGAACGGAGAUGCUUGGAGCCAGGUUCAUCGUCGUGUCGGACGAGAAGAUCGCCGAAGAUCUUCUGGUCAAGCGGGCCAAGCACAACUCGGACCGGCCCAUGAUCCGCUCCCUCUUUGACUCCAAGAGCACACACGGGUCCAUGGAGUAUCUCCCUCUAAUGGGCAAGAACCAGUACUGGGCUCGCCAGCGCCGCUUUACGCAUGCCUACCUCACCGAGGCGACCAAUGCCCAAUACUACGGAAUCAUGAAUUUCGAGGCCAAGCGAUGGCUCUACCGCCUCAUCAAAGACCAGGAUGACUUCGCCUUCUCGCUCGAGGACAUGGCAUCUAAGGUCAUGUGCCAGCUGACCUGGGACGACACUUCCGAUAGUGCAGCUUUGACCAAGAGCGCGUGGGGGCUUCUCACACAGAUGUCGCCGGCCGGCCCCAUAACCAAUCUCCUCACCCCCUUGUGGCACCUGCCAUGGAUCCUCAACCCAUGGAAGAGGGCAGAGCGCAAACGCCACGACGAGCAACAAGCCUGGUGGAUGCAGAAGCUGUUGACGGUACGCGAGAAGAUGGCUAGGGGCCAGAUGCGCCCUUGCUGGACUAGGUCGUACCUCGAAAGCGAGAAGAAGUCCAACCUGUCCGGCGAUUACGAGGCGUCGUCCGUCAUUGGUAUGAUGGCGCUAGUUGGCAUCUUCACCGUCGCCGGUCCCUUAUACUAUUUCCUCGUAUCCAUGGUCUACCACCCAGAGUGGCAGGCUGAGGUGCAGAAGGAAGUCGACGAAGUAUGCGAAGGCCGCCUGCCCACACUCAACGACAUGCCCCGACUACCCAUUCUUCGCGCUUGUAUUAAGGAGACCAUGAGGUGGAAGCCCAACGUUCCCACUGGCGUGGCACACGAGACUGAGCAAGAUGAUGAGUACAAUGGCUUUUUCAUUCCCAAGGGAACUCGCAUCCUUCCAUUGGACUGGGCCUUCUUGCGCAACCCGAUCAAAUACCCUGACCCGGAGAACUUCAGGCCAGAACGCUGGUUGCAGCCAGGGUGGCCGACGUUCCAGGAGCCAUUGACACAGUUCCCCACACUCAAGGGCAUGACGUCCUUUGGCUGGGGCCAGCGCCAGUGUCUGGGCCAAUCGGUAACGCAGGACGAGCUCGUGGUUGCGUGCGGCGCUCUCGCUUGGUGUUUCAAUCUCAAGCACAAGGUCGACCCCAGGACAGGCCAGAAGAUCCACAUUCCGCUCGACAAGUCCAACUCACUGCUCAUAGUCAAACCCGACCCCUUCCAGAUGGCAUUCGAACCUCGCAGCGAAGAACGCAAGCAGCAGGCCAUUCGACUAUGGCGUGAAGCUGAGGCCAAAGAUCAGCAGCAGCGUGCUGACUUCCUCAAGGUAGCCGAGAUGCGUACGGCUGCAGAGGCGCAGCUGAACGAGAAGCUGGAGAAACAGCCACUCGUGCAGGUGUUAGAGGUCUAG